AUGAUGAAGCUUGCGACCCAUUUGAAAUGUACGAAGGUUGCUUUAAGAGCUUGGGAUAAAACUGUUUUUGGAAGAGUGGAAGGGAAUAUUAGAGCUCUUGAGGAGAGAAUGGAUAUUUUAGAGGAGAAGCUUCAACUUGAUUUUUCCGAGGAGCUAGAGGAUGAUUUUUUAGCAACUAAAAUAGAGCUGGAUUUAUGGGAGAAGAGGGAAGCCUCUCGUCUGGGUCAACUUGCUAAGAAAAAAUGGCUGAAUGAAGAUGGAAGGGUUUUGGAGAGUGCCGAAGUAGUUCAUUCGGGUGCUGAGAGUUACUUUCAGAACUUCUUAAAUGAAAAUUCAGAAGUUGAGAGUUGUGCUUUGGGCGAGUUAGUUGAUGAAAAAGUCUCAGAAGACGAUAACGAGAUGCUUUGUGCGGAGCCGACUGAGAUGGAAGUUAAACAAGCAAUUUUCUUUAUUCCAAAAAAUAGUAGUCCAGGUCCUGAUGGCUUUGGGUUUGAGUUCUAUAUGGUUUGUUGGGAUAUUGUGAAGGAGGAUGUCAUCGUUGCUGCCAGAGAUUUUUUCAGAGGUACUCCUUUACCCAGGUUUUACUCUUCCUCUUUUAUUGUUUUGAUACCAAAAGUACCUGAACCGACGAGCUUUGAUAAGUUUCGUCCCAUAAGUCUUUGUUCUGUGGUGUAUAAGAUUUUCUCCAAGAUCAUUGUUAAUAGAUUGACAGGCAUUAUUGAUAAAGUGGUGUCGCAUGAACAAGGUGCUUUUGUUCCAGGACGUAGUAUCUUUGAAAAUAUUACCUUGGCACAAGAAAUGGUUCAUUCUUUGAAUAAAAAAACUGUUGGUGGAAAUGUGAUGUUGAAAAUUGAUAUGGCUAAGGCUUAUGAUAGGGUGAAUUGGGAUUUCUUAUUAAAGCUUUUCAGGGCCUUUGGUUUUUCUGAAAGGUUUUGCAGGUUGAUUGGUAAUUGUAUAAAGUCUCCUUGGUUUUCUAUUUUGAUGAAUGGAACUUUGAAAGGUUUCUUUAACUCUUCAAGGGGUUUACGUCAAGGAGAUCCCCUAUCCCCUUAUUUAUUUAUUGUCAUGGAGGAGAUCUUAACUAGACUGCUGAGGAAAAAUUUUGAGGAAGGUAGGAUUGGUAAAUAUCAUCAUCCUAUUGGUGCUCCUUUGGUUUCACACAUUUUCUAUGCUGAUGACGUCCUUAUUUUUGUUAAUGGAGGGAAAUGUUCGAUUAAAAAUCUUAUGCAUGUGCUUGAGUUAUAUGAAAAAUGGUCAGGGCAGAAAAUUAAUAAGCAGAAGUCAGCGUUAUUUGCUUCUAAGAAGAUUGCAUCAAAUCGGAAGCGUAGUUUGCUCAGAAUCACUGGUUUCAGGGAAGUGAUGAAUGUUCCAUUUUCUAUUCUUUCCCGUAUAAAUUCUCUUCUUGCUAAUUUUUUAUGGGGGGAGACGGCGAAUAAACGAAAAUUACAUUGGAUGUCUUGGAAGAAGGUGUGCAAGCCUACAAAGGAAGGUGGUUUGGGUAUUCGGGAUUUUAAAGAGGUGCAAAAGUCGCUUCAUAUGAAAUUUGCUUUCCGUCUUAUUGCUACCAAUAAUUUGUGGACUGACUUUUUUAGAGCCAAGUAUUCUCGCAAUGCUCAUGUUUUAGCACAAAACAGGAGACCCACGGAUUCCUGUUUUUGGAAAUCUAUUAUUUCCGUAUUACAAGAAGUUGUGGAUAAUGUGAAGGUUUUGGUAAGGGGUGGUAACGCUUCUUUUUGGUUUGACAGAUGGUUAUCUUCAGGUUUGCUCUCUGCUAGAGCUCAUGAUAUUGCUAAUUUGAAAUUACGUAUUAGUGAUUGUUGGACUAAUAACUCUUGGAACACGGAUUUGUUAAGGGAAUUAGUUGAUGCUGAUACUGUGACAGAUAUUAUUUUACAUGUUCCGGUUGGGAAAAGGGGCGUGGAUAAAAUGGUAUGGAUGCCUUCUUCUGAUGUUAAUUUCUCUACUUCUACAGCUUGGGAGGUGUCUCGGAGUAAAGGGCAGUUAUUACCGGGUUAUGGGUGGUUUUGGCAUAAUUGUUUACCUACACGGAUAUCUAUGUGUAUGUGGAGGAGCUGGUUUAAUUCUUUGGCAGUGGAUGAUCGUAUUCAGCAUAAAGGGGUAUCGUUAGCUUCGGCUUGUGAUUGUUGUUUGAGGCGUCAAACAGAAAGUAUAGACCAUAUUUUCUCCUGGGGAGAGGUUGCGACUCAGGUUUGGGUGUUUGCUAGCACAGAAAUGGGGAUCCCUUCGACAAAUCAUUGGUCUUGGAAAUCCAGAGUGUUGCAUUGGUUUAAUUAUGCAAAGAAGUCUUCCAUCAAGGGAACGUUGAUUGGAGGUGGUGGCAUCAUAAGGGAUAGUCAUGGACUCGUGAAAGGGGCUUUCUCUACGUAUUACGGACAUGGCACCAAUAAUAGUGCAAAAUUAAAGGCCAUUGUGGAAGGAGUUCGGCUUGGUAAACGGCUUCAUAUGAAUAAUAUUAUUAUUGAAAGCGACUCUAAAAUUGUCGUCGAUUGGAUUCGUACAAGGAAGUGCACGUUGUGGUAUCUCUGGGAUUUUUGGGAUGAGUUAUGUGAGGAAUUGAGGGGAAUGACUUAUAUGGUUGAACACCAAUUCAGGGAAGCAAAUUUUGCGGCGGAUUUUUUAGCUCGUGAAGGAGAAAGAGGGAGGACGAAAGUUUAUGAUAGCAUUCAAAGAGGCCCUCGUCUCUUGAAAGGCAUUGUUCGGACUGAUUCUUUGGGCCUUCCUUCUUUUCGCUUCUAG